AUGUCAGACAAGCGGAGGGCCGAGAUUGAGGCCAAGAGAGCCAAACUCCAAGAAUUGCGCAAGGCCAGGGCCGAAAGGCAAAAGGAAAGAAAUGCAGCUUCUGAGGCAUCACCGAGCACAGGCCCGCCCAGGGAUGUGGACGACCUCAUAAACUCGUUACUCGGUGGCAGCAGGCCCGGGAGGGGCGUGCACAGUGCAGGGGACGUGACGCCCUCAUCCUCUGUGCCCGGAACACCUACGCUCGGAGGGGGCUCUACCCUUGCAGGCCCCUCUGGUUACUCUGGACGGCGGAGUCGACAGAGUGACUUUGGUUCUGAGCCGGUGAGCAUCGGCACAACGCUCGCUCAUUCUGCCACAGAUGAUGUGAUGGAUCGGACCAUGACGUCGCGGCUCAUUCCCGACCUUAUUGACGUCGAGCAAGAACUCUUCGAGCUCCCGCAGAAGGUGGGCGUGCCUCAUGAACGAGUGAUCUAUAAUAAGGAAGUGCAGACGAUGUCGGUGGAGACGGAACCCAGUCCUGACAUCGAGGAGCAAAUCCGAGAGCGGAUACUACGGGAGAAAGAGCGAGAAUUGGAAGUUGAACGAGCGAGGGAGAAGGAGCUCGAGGAGGAGAGCGUGAAACUUGACAAGGAGAUCGAGCAGGAAAUCCGAGAGCUGACGGAAGAGGAGAAAAUAAGCGUAUUCACCUCUCCCGAGUUCUUGGACUUCGUCGAGCAGUCGUCAAAGAUCGUCGAGCGGGCUCUCAACGACAACUACGACUACAUACGAGAUUAUACAGUCGGCGCGGAAUCCGGCGGAGAUGACUCCGAAGGGAAACGCGUGAAGAGGGUUUGUGCAUUCUGGGAUGAACGGUACUGCAAGAACCGUUCGAUUACGGACGUUGAUUGGUCACCAAAGUACCCGGAACUCAGUUGUGCCUCUUACAACAAGAAUCCUGCAGCAUUGAAUGAACCAGACGGUAUAGUAGCCGUUUGGAACCUGCACUUACUUGAGCGGCCCGAGUUCGUCUUCCACUCGCAGUCUGACGUACUCUCUGUGACCUUCUCCCCCUUCCACUCGAACCUCGUAUUUGGUGGUACCUACUCAGGCCAGAUCCUGUUAUGGGAUACACGGUCGAAACACCUGCCCGUUCUGAAGACACCUUUGUCGGCAGCGGGUCAUACGCAUCCUGUUUAUGCAAUGCAGAUGGUCGGUACUCAGAAUGCUCAUAACCUGAUUACCAGUAGCACAGAUGGAUUGGUCUGCAGUUGGCUCGUCGACAUGCUGGCCCAGCCUCAGGAAACACUGGAACUAGUGCAUGCGGGCCACAGCAAGACGGGCGAAGUGGCGAUCACCACUCUGGAUUUCCCUGACAAUGAGACCACGACAUUCUGGGUUGGGACUGAAGAAGGAAAUGUCUACCAGGCGAAUCGAUAUGACCGUGCAGGGGCCAAGGCUGGUCUGAACCAAUAUGACAUCUACCGGGGACACUCCGGACCUAUCAUGGGCAUUCAUUUCCAUCCUCUCGUGGGGCCUGUCGAUUUCUCAGACCUCUUCCUCACCUGUUCGGUUGACUGGACUGUCAAGUUGUGGCGAGCCAAGUCUCUGGCCAAGCCCUCCACGACGGCUCAUUCAGUGCCGCCCGUGUACUCCUUCGAUGAGGCAGACGACUACGUCUAUGACGUGAAAUGGCACCCGUCCCACCCAGCGCUGUUCGGGACUGCUGACGGGUCUGGCAAGUUCUUACUCUGGAACCUGAACCAGGAUACCGAGGUUCCCGUGGUCUCCACUACAGUAGGAUCCGGGCGGGCCAUAAAUAAGAUACAGUGGGACGGCAAGGAUGGCAGACGCGCCGCGCUGGGAGGGAGUGAUGGCAAACUGUACGUGUAUGAUAUCGGCGACAUGGCUAUCCCUCGGGAGUCGGAGUGGACGGACAUGCAGAGGACGGUGUCUGGGAUAGUCGGCGGCGGGAAUGCAAACGGGGUGAUUGACGGCGACUCGCGGGUGCUCGCUGGCCGAUGA